AUGGCUGAUACCAAACCAAUUGAUGUGCUCGUAUACGGGCUCGGUGGUAUCGGGUCUUUCUAUGCGUUCAUUCUUAGCCGCUCUGAACAGGUUCGACUGACGGUGGUCGCACGGUCGAACUACGAUGCCGUGAAAAGCAAGGGGCUGAAAUUGUUAAGCCAAAACCACGGCGAGCACGAUGUGAAGCCACACAAGGUGGUCCGAACUCCCGCCGAGGCUGGUGUGACAUUCGAUUUCGUCGUAUGUGCUCACAAAGCCAUCGACCAGGCAUCUGUUCCGGAUCAGAUUGCCCCAGCAGUAGAUGAGACCAAAACAACACUUGUAAUUAUACAAAACGGUGUCGGUAACGAAGAACCUUUCCGACAGAGAUUUCCAAGUGCGACUAUCUUGUCGUGUGUUACAUGGGUGGGAGCUAGUCAACCGGAGCCAGGGGUUGUCAAACAUAUGCAGUCGGAGGAUAUGCAAAUCGGCUUGUUUCCCAAUGCCAGCCGUGACAAGUCGUCAGAAGAGCAAAGACUUGAGGAGUUCGCAGCACUCUUGCGUCAUGGUAAUACAAUCUUCCAGGUUGUGCCUAACAUUCAGGUCCAGCGAUGGGAGAAGGUGGUGUGGAAUGCUGCCUGGAAUUCUUUGACUACCUUGACCUUGAUGACAACGCACGACUGGUUGAGCUCUUCCGAGGAUGCAAUGCCAAUGACGCGCCGUCUCAUGACUGAGGUCAUCGAUGUUGCGAGGAAAUGCGAUGUACCCCUUCAAUACGGCCUGAUAGACCAACUUAUCAACAAGAUCUUAGCCAUGCCCCCGAUUGGAAGCAGUAUGCAAGCGGACUAUAAGAACGGGCGGCCGAUGGAAGUUGAUAUUAUCCUCGGGUAUCCUGUCAGAAAAGCAAAGGAGCUCGGGAUUCCCGCGCCGACGAUCGAAACUAUUUACACCAUUUUAAAGGCAGUCAACUUGAGGUUGACCAGAGGAUGCUUGCUUUAG